AUGAAGUUUUCAAAAAUCAUGAUCGUUCACCGACACCGGAGGAUGCUUGUUUUCGGCAGCUUAGCUGUCGUGUUGGCGCUGAUACUGACGGCCAAGCGUGAGAACAACGUUCGGUUCAUCAGCAGCGACAUGGAAAAUGCCAAGACACGCGUUGUCUGGGAAUACAUGUCGGACUUUUCCAACGUGAUGAAGCUCAAUCCGACCAUAACAAAAUUCGUAAUAACGCACGAAUCGACAGACAACAAACAAUGGAACUACACAGUCGAGUACGAAGAACACUUAUCUCAGAUUCCGUUCGUGAUGAACAAGAUUAUUGGUGAUUUCGUUGUAGACAAAUCGCAUUCGCAACUCGCAAUCAAAUCAACUCACCGGACAUGUUUCGCCAAGAUUUAUUGCUUGAACACCAAAUCGGAAAUGAUAUUCGUGGACCUAUCGAACGGCACUAGAAUUGUGGAGAAAAUCAAAUAUGAAUGUCCAUGGAUGUUGACCAGGUUCUGCAUGAACGAAGUCCUGUACCAGCGGAAGGAAAUAUUCAGACAACUCCAGACCCUGUUCACGUACACAAAACAUUAG